GUAAGCAAUGGCGCUUGGGCAGAGAGCGCUGCAGUUCCUCAUGUAAGCAUCUCCACACGUCGUUGUGUCUGUACAUCAUACAGAACAGAGAAACAACGACUGGAAUUCAGGGCAUGAUUUAAUCUUAUGGAGCAUUAAUGUGAGCAGCAUCAUGUCGAUGGAAGACCCGUUUUUCGUGGUGAAAGGGGAGGUUCAGAAGGCUGUUAACACAGCUCAAGGUCUGCAUCAGAGAUGGACAGAGCUGCUACACGAUCCUGGUAGUGCCACCAAGGAGGAGAUCGACUGGACCACCAAUGAGCUAAGAAACAGCUUGAGGUCCAUUGAGUGGGACCUGGAAGACUUGGAUGAGACUAUUAGUAUUGUGGAAGCAAAUCCACGGAAGUUCAAUCUCAAUCCUAUGGAGCUCAGCAAGCGGAAGGCAUUUAUCACCAGCACAAGGCAGACAGUUAAGGAAAUGAAAGACCAGAUGACGACUCCAGUGGGCUUACCUUUGACAGACAAGAAAAGCAGACAGGUUUGUUCUAAUACUCUUAUGGGGGAUAAAGCCUCUCGGGGUCCAAUCUGGCAACCAGGAGGGGACAGAGGGCUGCAGUCAGCCAACUCUCAGUUUAUUGAUGAGCAGCAAUCGCAGCAACAGCUGAUAGCUGCACAGCAGGAUGAUCAGUUGGAGUUGGUAUCAGGAUCCAUCGGUGUGCUGAAGAACAUGUCUGAAAGGAUUGGACAGGAGCUCGAUGAACAGGCAGUAAUGCUAGAUGAUUUUGGCCAUGAAAUGGACAACACUCAGUCCAGACUGGAUAAUGUUAUGAAGAAGCUGGCUAAAGUCUCACACAUGACGAGCGACCGACGACAGUGGUGUGCAAUCGGCAUUUUGUUGGCCAUUCUUUUUGUUGUGAUCAUCCUGCUCAUUGUUCUGUGAACGGCGUUACUCCUUACCCACAACAGCUCUCACAUAAAUGAAUGGAUUGACUAAAACAGAGGUGCUUUGAAGAAUGGAAGUCACCUGUUUCUGCACUCCGGCUUAUUGCGUCUCACUGUCAGCUGCUCGUGCUUUUUCUGCCUUAAUUUAGGCAACUCCAGAAUUCCACUGCUGUGGUACUUUAGUCUGAUAUUUAGUUAUGUUUGUAAAUAUCUGUCUUGUUUGGUAUUUACACAGAUUAAGCCCAACAGGCUUGAAGUUGUGUGGUUUGCUUCACUUACAUUUUCUGUAAGUGUGUUAAUAAAAGGGGACGGAAGUUGAA